AUGAGAGUGAGGAUGGAGACAGUGAUGGAGAUUGAGGAAGUUUUUGUACGACCAUUUUUCACUGUGGUCCGCAUCUUUGGCUCUGGAACUAAACUGUAUGUAACAGGUGAGCAGGUAGUGAAGCCCGUGGUGAGCGUGUACCCAGCAGCAUCCAGAGUCCACCUGGAGGGGAGCAGCUCCCUGCUGUGUCUGGCCUCAGCCAUGUUUCCUCCUCUGGUCCGCUUCUCCUGGAAGAAGGACGGCCAGCCGGUGAAGCUGUCCUCUACUGAGGCAGAGCAGCUGGAGAUCAGAGAGCCGGGACGCAGCGCCUCCAUCUUGCUGAUCCAUCAGCAACAGGACAGCACAUAUAAAUACAGCUGCUACGUCCAGCACGAGGGGGGACCAGUGGAGGCCCAGACACAACAAGAGCUUCCAGCUCCAGCAGCCUCCUGUCCUCCAGAGAGAGAGCCAGCAGACCUGCCAGCUCUGCAGCAAGCUCACUCCUCCUUCCAGGUGAAUCUGCUCUGUCUGCUGUCCACAGUGCUGAUAGUGAAGAGUCUGGUGUUCUGCUGUGGACUCUCUCUGCUGAUGAUCCUCACAAACAAGGGACCGUCCACCAACUGCACACAUGCUGACUGACUGUUUGCUGCUGGACUUUUCUCACCGUCACAUCUCAUCAAUACGUCUCAUUGAUCUCUUUGAUCAGUGAUCAGAAAUAUCAGCUGUGACGUGUUGUUCUUGAUUAUAAAAUGCAUUUCUUAACUCACAUGUUGGAUCAUCAUCCUAUAAAUGUAAAUACAGAUAUUCAUAAUGAUAUUUUCAGUUUUGCAGUUUAAAUUCUGCUGGACAGUGU